AUGAGUCAGAUGUUCAUCGAGGAAGUUAUGGAGCUUGUGGAACUGAAUCCAUUAAGGCAUAUGCUAGUUGGUAUACCCGGUGUAACCGGUUUAUCAACCGAGCAGCGAAAGAGGCUUACUAUUGCAGUUGAGCUUGUGGCAAACCCCUCUAUCAUUUUCAUGGAUGAACCAACUUCAGGGCUUGAUGCAAGAGCUGCUGCAAUUGUUAUGAGAACAGUAAGGAAUACAGUAGACACCGGAAGAACAGUUGUGUGUACCAUCCAUCAACCAAGUAUCGACAUAUUUGAAGCAUUUGAUGAGCUAUUCCUUAUGAAGAGGGGAGGACAAGAGAUAUAUGUGGGGCCAUUAGGACAUCAUUCUAAACAUCUUAUCAAAUAUUUUGAGGGAGUUCAAGGAGUUAGCAAAAUCAAAGAAGGAUACAAUCCAGCAACUUGGAUGCUGGAAGUUACCACAUCAGCGCAAGAGUUAUCUUUAGGUGUCGAUUUUACCGAAAUCUAUAGAAACUCGGACCUAUACAGGAGAAACAAAGCUCUUAUUGUAGAUUUAAGCUCGUAA